CGUAGCUAUAGUUGAUCGAGUAAAAUCCUUGAUACCUAGUAGCUAAGAUACCUAGUAGCUAUUAAAGGCCUUAACUAAGACUAUUAGAUAGUAGAGAACUUGUUUCCUGCUGCGCAAGACAGAGUGCAGCCAAGCAAAAAAGUUAGGAGGAGAUCUCAGGGACAAUUCAGAGAGAAGAUCUCUCACUAGUGAACUCAAGUUUGGAAAGCCUUUGUUGUGGAUGAACCUUGACUGCAUACUGAGUGGUGAUGGUAUCCAAGAAAGAGCUGGUAAAUUAGUAGGAAAUGCCAAUCCACCUACGAAAGAUAUUCAAAGCUACACGACAUCAUACAAAAUAAUAUGAAGAAGGCAAUUGAUGCAAUGCCGGGUGUUUUUCCUUCAUCAACAACAUUAGCCCCACCUUUAGCAAAGAAACCUCGUCUAGGCAGGUCUUUUAGCAAUUAUGCUGGCCAUAGCAGUAAAACAUCUCAGACUGCGAGCAGCGAGUCUCCAGACGUUGUUGUUCAUGUCUCUUACAAGAACGCAAAGAAGAGCUAUCCCCUCACUCCUAAUCGAAAGCACUUAACAAAAGCGAUAGCCAUUGCUGUCGAGGCCAUGAAGGAUAAGUCUGUCAAGAAAUACAUAUUGAAGCUUGUCGGACAAGAAAUAUUCGAAGUGAAGUGUAUGGCAUCCGACAAGGUUAACUCAAUCCUUCAGAGCACAAACGCCGAUGACCUGAAAUGUUUCUCCUGGAAUUCUCUGCUUACUGAGCUCACACAGUUUGCUCCCUUGAUGUCCAGUGUUCUAGUUUCUGCUACCAAAACUCGAGCACCUCGUUCUAUUACCAAGGCAGUGAUCGGUAUGUGCGCAGCAAUCAUUCUCAAACACAGAAACCCUAGGAUGAAUAUCGUUCAGAAAAUUAAUUCACUGAUCUUGUACGCUGGUCAUAGUUCAAAACAGGUGUAUCAACGCUUGAACCCCCUCAACCUAACUGUGUCUCACGUAUCGAUGAUUCGAGUGUUGGCAAAGGUAGGGCUGGGUUAUGAUGCCAGGGUGAAGGAGUGGAGAGACUCUCUUCUUGCCACUAUCACUGACGAGGAUGAAUUAACUACACAACAAGCUCCUUGGUCAAAAUCAACAGAAGAUGGUGCAGCAGACUCUGAUGACUGUUCGACUGACAGUGAUGACUCGUGGAAACAAUUUUCCCCAAUGACAUCUUCCUCUUCUGAAGAUCAUGAUAGUGCAGACGAUACUGGUGAUGAAGACCUUAAUUAAUGACAGUGGUCAUUAAUUUAGGUACCUGCUCCCGAUCAACAGAAGAAGAAAGUAGUGGUUCAAGCAGUAGAGGUGGUGCUACAAUGUUCCGUAUUUGUGGUGACAAUAUUGACAAGGGAGUCAAGCAAAGAAUCGACUUCUCGAAUCUCAGUGAACAAGUCAUCCCGACUUCACAAAUCUGUCCUGAUAGAAUUGCUGCGUCUUUAGUUGAGGACGACUUGGCAAUACGCAGAAACAUAUGCACACUUAUGUCUCGUGUGCUUU